ACUUCGUUGAGUGUGGACGUAUUGCAGUCGCACAAUUGCGCAACAAACAAAUCAUAAAUUUUACGUCUGCAAGCGGCAAAUAUCAAAUAAUAAUCAUAAUAAUAACGACGACGACGUGUGUGCCGUGUGUUUUUCAAUUACUAUACUUUAUUUUUUUCACGUGCUGCAAUUCGCGAGUGUAAAACGUGCGCCACCCGCAACAGAAUGCGGCCAGUGUGACCCUGACCCUGAUCUCAAUCCUUGCUCCCCAAAAAAUAAACGAAGCAUUUUUCGCUCCACACCAAAACAGUGACAAUAAUAAUGGCAACAGUUGCCAUUGCAGUUGCAAGUCGCGUGCUGCUGCUGCUGUUGAUUGUGUUGCAAGGAGGCAGCGAAGCUGCUAACAGUGGCGGUGGCAACGGUGGCAGCGGGGGCGGCAGCGCAGCCAACUCGAAUGGAUUACAAUGCCAGCGGAUUGCAGUGUCCGCAUGUCAGGGACUUGGCUACAAUAUGACCGCAUUGCCCAAUCUUGCUGGUCACACUAAUCAGCUGGAGGCUGAGCUGCAGAUUGCCAAGCUGCUGCCACUGAUCGAGUCGGGGUGCUCGAAGCGCGCCCGUUUCCUGCUCUGCUCGGCGCUCUUUCCGCUCUGCAGUCCCGAUGUGCCACGCCCCGUGACCGCCUGCAAGUCGCUGUGCGAGACGGUAAAAGGCGAGUGUGCGGCAAACGCGACACCCGAGCUGAUGCAGCUGUGGCCUCAGUUCCUCAGCUGCGACUCGUUGCCGCAGCCCGAGAAUCACGAGCUCUGCAUGCAGAUACCGCAAGAGACGGUGGCCAAUUUGGGUGGCGGGCAGCAGCAGCCGCUGCCAGCGGAGACGCAAGCAACUGGAGGAGCAACUGGAUCAGCAGCAGCAACUAGUGGAACUUCGGCCGCCGCCGAGCCACCGCCGCAGCAGCAGAUGUACUGGUCGUGGAUGGCCUGGAAGAUGUCCUCGCAGCUGGGCAAAUCAUCGGCCAGCAACAAUUUGCCACGCAGCGAUGGCAUGAGCACACUUGGCGGUGGCUAUUGUCCUCAGAACUUUAGCCUGAAUCCGCUGAACAGCGACGAAUGUUUGCCACAGUGUCAACGCGAUGCGUUCCACACGACGCAGCAAAAGAAGCUCACCGAGAGUCUGAUACUCGGUCUCUCAGCCGUCUGCUUUGUGCUCACACUUUUCGCCUUGGUCACCUUCUGGGCGGAACCGACACGCUUCGGUUACCCCGAGCGCCCGGUGCUGUUCUUGUGCCUCUGCUACAAUCUGUUUAGCGUCUGCUAUCUGGAGCGCAUUGUGUUCCAUCAGGCGCGCAGUCUGGCGCUGUUGCAGGAGCCGGGGGCACGCAGCAAUGUGGCACGCAGCACCAUCAUCGCACCAUGCGCACUGACGCCACCUUGCCUCGCCUCGUACAUCAGCACAUCGUAUCUGAGCUUGUGCGCCGCCAGCUGGUGGCUAAUCUUCGCCCUCUGCUUCUAUCUGUCGUCGCACAAGAAAUGGUCCAGCGAGGCGCUCGAGAAACGCUCGGGACUCUUUCAUGUGCUCGCCUGGAUGCCACCGUUGGCGCCACCGAUAGCCGCCCUGCUGCUGGAGCGUGUGCGUCCCAGCGAACUGACCGGCAUGUGCAGUGCACCCGGUUUCGUGGAGCUGCCGGCGCUGGCGCUGCUGCUGCUCGGUCUCUACUUUACGCUGCGUGCCUCACGCUCGCUGCAUAGCCUGCAACAGCAGCUGCAACCGACGCUGGCGCAUCAGCGUUUCGCGCAGAUCCGCAAGCGUUUCGUCAUCUUCUCGCUGCUGUUCUUUGUGCCCACCGCCGCCGGUGUAAUUGCCGCCUUCUGUGAACGCUUCGCGGACGCCGUGCCCAGUUGCCCCAGUCCCGAGGAGUGUGCAACACCUGCGCAGCUGAGCGCUUGGCCAGCGUUGGUGCGCAUCUUCUUUCAGCUGGUGGGCGGCACGUUGACCGGCAUGUGGGUGUGGUCACGCAAGACCUGCGAGAGCUAUCGCAGUCGCUUAGUCGCCGGUUCACCGACAUCCUCCCUGAUGGCGCAACACAAAUCAGCGGCUGCUGCGCUCCCCAAAAAGCAUCUCUAUGCCAGUGGCAAGUCGAUGCUCGCAUCGCCAGUGACGACGAAUGGCGUGAAUGGUGGCUGCCAGGCGCCGCUCUACGCUGGCAUCAGUUUCCACAAUGUCCCCGUCUACAAUCCCAAUCAGUCGAGGGUGUAGUGGGCGUGGGCGUGGCAGGCAAGCUUGCCACCUAGUUAUAGUAGGCCCCAUAAGUAAGCCCCUAAAUGAAAUGUGUUAAUAGCUUUAAAUACAAUUUGUAUAUAGUUUUUUUUUUUUUCUUUUUACAUGAUAAUUAGUAUUACACAUUAUUAUUAAGCAUUACACUUAUUAUUAUUAGUAGUUGUAAUAUAAUUUAAA